AUGAAGACGAAGACGGACGAAGACCAGAGUAACACGCUGCUGACGCUGACACUGACACUGACGACAGCUGGCAGGAUUGCCGCAGCUGCUGCUGCUGCCGCGGACGGGGCCGGGACCGCUGCUGUUGCUGCUGCUGCCGCUGCUGCUGCUGCUGCUGCUGGAGGGCUGGAGGGCUGGCUGGCUGGACCGCCGCUGCUGGAGAGCUGCACUAAUCGAAGUGCUAGGUUUUCAGGUGCCUGCCAGCCAGCCAGCCAGCCAGCCAGCCAGCCAGCCAGCCAGCCGAACAGCAGCGGUCCAGCCGAACAGCAGCAGCAGCAGCAGCGGUCCCGGCCAGCAGCAGCGGUCCCGGCCAGCAGCAGCGGUCCAGCCGGCAGCAGCCAGCCAGCCAGCUCUCCAGCAGCGGCGGCCCAGCCAGCCAGCCCUCCAGCCCUCCAGCAGCAGCAGCAGCGGCAGCAGCAGCAACAGCAGCGGCCCCGGCCCCGUCCGCGGCAGCAGCAACAGCAGCGGCCCCGGCCCCGUCCGCGGCAGCAGCAGCAGCUGCUGCCAUCCUGCCAGCUGUCCAAUGAGGCCAAAAUCUUCGCCAGACGAAGGAAAAACUCGCUCUCCGAAAAACCAGAUUCCGACACCGCGCCAAGUACAGAUCUGAACAAUGACGUGCCAAAGGCAGAGCAACAGCAGAAGGCCGUCACACAAAGUCCGUGCCAGCUCAAGCUUUUGAUGGGAUGGACGUAA